AUGGCUUCGACUACGUCGCUUGAUGAAGGCGUUUUCGAGCAACUGCGCCAACCGAUAGACCCCAAAGUACUGGAGCAGCGGGAGAAGGAGCUCAAUGAGCGAAUCAACAACGCGACCACCAAGGCUGAGCGUCGCCAACAUGAACUCAUAUCCUUGAACUCCACCGCACCAGUGACCAUAUCCUCGGUCCGGGUGUUACACGCAACUCAUACACGCCAUGGCUUCCUCGAGCGAAUCGUGAACCCACUCUUAUCCGAGAACCGCGAGAAUGGCUCCUACUACACUCUCCGCGAAGCGCUYACGGAAAUUGGAGGAGCUGUGGACAAAUUGAACCGGCUCGAUAUCUUCCAGCAGCCAAUUUCGACCUACAUCGAUCGCGCCGAGAAGACUGACCCCAGCACGACGCCCACGGAUCACGCUGUGUACAUCACUGCCAAGGAGCGAGGUCGUUAUACUAUCAAGACUGGCACCGAAGCCGGCAGCUCGGAGGGUAGUGCGUACUUGAAUGUGGUCUUGAGGAAUCUGUUCGGAGGCGGCGAGAGAUUGAAUGGAAAUGCGAGCUUGGGCACCAGAACAAGAAAUGCAUACAGCGCGACCUUUGAUACCCCUAUACUGUCCAACCCUGAUCUUCGGUUUGAGAUUGGUGGUCUCAAGUCGAGCACAGUAAAGCCUUUCGCUUCGCACGAGGAGAUUCUGCGUGGUGGGCAAGGACGCCUUCUCUGGCAGACGUCUCCUCUCAGCAGACACGAUUUCGCAUACAAUGGCUUCUGGAGGCAGAUUACGGGACUUUCAGAAAAGGCCUCGCCUUCUAUCCGUGCGGCCGCUGGAGAUAGCUUCAAGUCUAGCGUGUCACAUACCUGGACCCGCGACUCACGAGACAUUCCCAUGUUGCCAUCCCGCGGAUACCUCUUGAAGACAGUAACGGAGAUAGCGGGCGCAGGUCCUCUUCAAGGUGAUGUUGCAUUUGCGAAGAUGGAAUUGGAAUCGCAAGCAGCAGUACCCGUGCCCAUACCAGGCAUCAAAGGCGACAGCGGCGUCUCCUUCACUGCAGGUCUAAGAGGAGGCCUUCUCUGCCCUCUCCCACAGGCCGGCAAUAGCGGACCGUCCUCCAGCAGCAUCAGCGAUCGCUUUCAGCUCGGGGGUCCUACUGAUGUCCGCGGUUUCCGCUUCUCCGGUCUCGGCCCUCGAGACGGACAGGAUGCUCUUGGCGGAGACAUGUACGCCGCCGGUGGCGCAUCUCUUCUUUUCCCCAUCCCUCAUGUCGGCAAAGAGACUCCGUUGAGGCUACAAGCGUUUGUCAAUGGCGGUCGUCUUUUAUCGUUGCAGGGUGAACAGCAGGAAGGAGGAAACGUGAGCAGUAGCAUAUCACGAACAUUCAAUGCUCUCACCAGUGAGCUACCCAGUACCACUGCUGGGUUUGGGCUCGUGUACGCCCAUCCGGCAGCAAGGGUGGAGGUAAACUUCAGCCUGCCGCUGGUAAUUCGUAAGGGUGAGGAGGGCAGGAAAGGAUUGAGCUUUGGCAUUGGCAUGAACUUUUUGUAA